AUGUCUGUCAACGCCACGUCUCUCUCUUCAUUCAACGCCAACCACGAGCUCUACGACAAGGCUCGGCCUUCGUUCCAGCAGGAUGCCGUCAAGUGGCUGAUUGACACUGCUGGGCUGCACAAGGGCUCCAAGGUGGUGGAACUGGCCGUGGGCACCGGCAAGUUCACCAAGUCGAUCAUCAACAAUGGCUAUGAUCUGGUUGCGGUCGAGCCCAGCGAGGGAAUGCUGACCUCCUUCAAGAAGAACUUCCCCCAGGUCGAAGCCAAGAUCGGAUCAUCCUACGAGACUGGCAUUGAAGACCAAUGGGCCGAUGCUGUCAUUGUGGCGCAGGCAUACCAUUGGUUUGCCGACCACAAGUCGCUUGAGGAGCUGCAUCGAAUUACCAAGCCUGGAGGAAAGCUCGUGUUCAUUUGGAACAUUGAGGUGCUAGACAAGCUGUCUCCGUCUCACUGGCAGAAGAUCUCCACCGAAAAGGUGUGGUCAUACGACGUCAACGUUCCGCAGUACCGCCAUGACAAGUGGCAGGAUUCUUUCAAGAACCAGACGUGGUUCAAGAUGCCCUACCAGGAAAAGAUUCUGCCCUACCAGCUGAGUUACUCGGACGAGGACAUGUGGAACUACUGGGAGUCUCGCAGUUAUAUCACUGCUUUGGACGGGCCUGAGAAGGCCAAACUGAAGGAGUUCAUCGAGGGUGUUGUUUCCAAGGCUCCCAAGGAAGAAAGAGAUUCUGAGGGCAAGCUGGUGGCCGACCGAGGUACUCAUGUGGUUGUUGCCACGCGAGUAUAA